AAUGAAAACGCAAACAUAUUCCAUGAAUAGGUAUGGUGAAAACGGCCAAAGAAGCUUUUAUUUGCUUUGACAAUGAGAUUCUACUUAUUGAAAAUGGCUAGACAUCCUCCCAUUUUUAAUCAUCACUGUCUUUUGAAACUCUCGGUUUUUUUUUUUUCAAUAAAUCAACAGUCGUAGCGGUCGCCCACAGGAUGAGCGUCAGCCAUGCGAUGAUUGACGACGCGAGACAAAAACCCCUUUUUUCCAUAAUUUUUUUAUUGCAAUUAAAAGGUUAUAAAAUGUGGACUCGUAUCCCACAAGGGGGAAUGGACUCGUUCGUACUGCAGUUUGCAGAUUCAUAAUUGACUUGGUGCUGUGAGGUUGGUGCAAUCUUCAGUCUCCUACGGUAAAAUGAGCAAGGCUACUUUCCAGUCCCCUCUAAUGGCCAGCUUGAUGAAGAGCAGAUUUAACAUGGCCUGCAACACGAAGCAACUCAGAACAAGGGUGUUCUCUACUUCCCAGCCCUUAAUUGAUUCUUCUUUCUCUCAGAGAAUUAGGGAUCUGCCCAAGGAUCUGCCUGCAACCAAUAUCAAGAAGGAAGUUUCCCAGCUCAUUGGACGAACUCCUCUUGUUUUUCUCAACAAAGUCACUGAAGGCUGUGGGGCUUAUGUAGCUGUAAAGCAAGAGAUGAUGCAACCUACUGCUAGCAUCAAAGACAGACCAGCAUAUGCCAUGAUCAAUGAUGCAGAAAAGAAACAGUUAAUUUCUCCUGGGAAGACGGUGCUCAUCGAACCCACAUCGGGGAAUAUGGGGAUCAGUAUGGCAUUUAUGGCAGCCAUGAAAGGCUACAAGAUGGUCCUGACCAUGCCCUCUUACACAAGCAUGGAGAGGAGGGUGACUAUGAAGGCAUUUGGAGCUGAGUUAAUCGUCACUGACCCAACCAAAGGAAUGGGAGGAACGGUGAAGAAAGCUUAUCAGCUCUUGGAAUCCACACCAAACGCUUUCAUGCUGCAGCAAUUUUCAAAUCCUGCCAAUUCCCAGGUGCACUUUGAGACCACAGGUCCCGAGAUAUGGGAGGAUACUCUAGGAAAUGUUGACAUCUUCAUAAUGGGGAUUGGAAGUGGAGGUACUGUCUCCGGGGUUGGGCGUUACCUCAAAUCCCAAAAUCCUAAUGUCAAGAUCUAUGGACUUGAGCCUGCUGAAAGCAAUGUACUUAACGGUGGUAAACCAGGUCCUCAUCAAAUCACUGGAAAUGGGGUUGGUUUCAAACCAGAUAUAUUGGACAUGGAUAUAAUGGAAGGGGUUCUGGAGGUCAGCAGUGAAGAUGCAAUAAACAUGGCCAGAGAGUUGGCACUGAAGGAGGGGCUUUUGGUUGGGAUAUCAUCGGGAGCCAAUACUGUUGCAGCUCUCAGACUUGCAAGGAGGCCGGAGAACAAAGGGAAACUUAUUGUGACUGUUCAUCCAAGCUUCGGAGAGCGGUACUUGUCUACUGUACUGUUUCAAGAACUGAGGAAAGAGGCUGAAAACAUGCAACCAGUUUCGGUCGAUUAAUGCCUGGCCUGUUUACAGGACUCCCUGGUUUCACUCCCAUUUCAAAUAUGAUCAGUUUAUUUAUUUCUUUUCAAUAUGUUUGUUCAGACCAUGUGUUUACAGGAGCUUAAUCAUGUAGCCUGAUUACUUGGACAAUGGAAUAAAUUUUGGCAUGGUGUGUUACCUCCUGGGGUGGUGUGGUUGAUUCAUGAUAUGACAAACUUUUUUUGUGUAGUACUGGAAUCUUCCUUUAACCAAUAAUAAUAAUAAUAAUAAUAAUUUGUA